CACCGUGUUCCCGAAAACCUACACCGACGCCAACAAAACCACCGAAUGUUGCGGCCAUAGUUCAAAGAUAAGAACGUUAUCAAAGGGCAUACACACACAACCAUUAAUGCGGUAACAACUAAAAUUAUAAAAUUAUAUUAAUUCCGCUAUGACGGUUGAUAACGCGCGCUUUUGCCAUUAUUUGAGAAUUAAUGGCGGCAAGCGCCAAACCGUAGCUGCUGUGGCGAAUGGCGAUCGUCACUCUUUCACAGACGGCAACCACGACGACUCACUAAUCGACGCCGUGGCGUUUGGCGCCAACGAAUCGAUCGACGGACGCGUCGCUACACGGUGCGAUGUAACACGACGUGUGUGAAAUAUAUUAAUAGGCAACAGACGUUUAURUUAUUAUUUCGCCACCGACCUACCGAAAAAAUCCGAUCGAUCUCCGGUCGAGUCUGCCGUCGCGCGCACGUACAAGUUAAAAUCAUUCGAUCGGCGGCCGCACAAUCCUCUCUUCGACUGUUUCCUACUCGGUGUUUUAGAUUCGGCGCGGUCGCGUCAUCGGAAUUAGUCGCCGUCGUCGUCGUGACAUGUUGAACGCGGUACAGACGCUCCGCCGCCGUUACUGUAGUGCCCAGCCGAAUCUCCUUCGGAGCGCAACAGCCGACAUUUUUUGCCGCCCCGYGUGAGACCGAAGCGAGUCGGUACUGAUUGUAUUUUGUUAGCGACACCUGUCAGCCGCGGUCGACCUGAGAACCCGAGACUCGUGCGUUGACAUUUUUGUUCCGUAAUUGAUCAACACAAUGGCGUUCAACAACUCUUCAACAGUGUUCGUCGAAAAAAAUCCGACCAGCGUCAUGAGCAGACACACAUGCAAAAUGAGAAAUAAAAGAAUGUGGAAGUCUUUACGCGCGGACAUUUUGUCACGCCGGGAGAAGAGAAAGCGAGAUGAAGCCGAUGCUGAACUUUUAAGAAAAAAGAAAUGUGCAGAAGAUCUUAAAAUACAAGAAAAUAAAUUAUCAUUAGCACAAAUAAAUGGUCGUUUAUCAGAACUACGAGAUAAGCGUGAUGAACUUGAAGAAGAAAAACGUGAAUUGCUGAAACAAACUAUUAUGAACUCAGUUAUAGCAGUGCCUGAGCCUAAGUGUGCAAACUAUGAUCGUAAAUUAGUGACAAAAAUCAAAUUUAAGAGUAGUAUAGUCUCAGAUGCGUUUCUCCAUCAUCAUCAACAACAACAACAAGAACAACAAGAAUAUUCAUUAGAUGUGUUAAAAACAGAGCCUUCUAUGGAAUCUCCAACUCCUAUAUUAUUUGAAAAAUCAAGUCCAACUUCAGAUUCUGUGGUAAUACCUACAGAUGUAAAAGAAAGCAGCAAACCAAAUCAUUGGAUUAUAGAUCAACCAAAUUAAAUUUUAUUUUAUUAUUAAUUACUGAAAAAUAAGAAUUUAACAAAAUGUUUGUCACUAUAUUAUAGU